AUUUCUUCUUGAGAUACACUAACAAUUUUAACCUAAUGGGUAUUCUCCGCUUUAUAUUGUUGGUUAGUUUGGGUCUGGUUUUGUUUGGUCUAAAAACGGCCGUGUCACAGCCACAACAGUCACAAGUCCCAUGUUUAUUCAUCUUCGGUGACUCCUUAGUCGAUAAUGGAAACAAUAACAGGCUGCUUUCUCUUGCGCGGGCUAAUUACCGGCCUUAUGGAAUCGACUUUCCCCAAGGCGCAACCGGACGGUUCACCAACGGGCGCACCUACGUUGAUGCACUUGCUCAAAUUCUUGGAUUUCGGACUUACAUUCCACCAUACUCCAGGAUUCGUGGCCAGGCUCUGCUAAGAGGUGCGAAUUUCGCAUCUGGUGCAGCUGGCAUUAGAGAUGAGACUGGUGACAACUUGGGUGCGCAUACUUCUAUGAACCAGCAGGUAGAUCUGUACACAAGCGCGGUUCAACAGAUGCUUCGAUACUUCAGAGGAGACACAAAUGAGCUCCAAAGAUACUUGAGUCGUUGUAUAUUUUAUUCUGGAAUGGGAAGUAACGACUAUCUCAACAAUUACUUCAUGCCUGACUUUUACUCAACCAGUACCGAUUUCAAUGACAAAACGUAUGCAGAUGCUCUCAUAAAGAACUACACGCAACAACUCACUCGAUUGUACCAAUUUGGAGCUAGGAAAGUGGUUGUGACCGCGGUGGGACAGAUCGGUUGCAUACCUUACGAGCUAGCCCGCUACAAUAACCGAAACAACAGUACCGGCAGAUGCAAUGACAAGAUCAACAAAGCAAUUGUGCUGUUUAACUCUCAGCUCAAGAAACUUGUAGACCGUUUCAACAAAGGUCAGUUACAAGGAGCCAAGUUUGUUUUUCUUGAUACCUACAAAAGCACCUCUGAUCUUGCUGCCAAUGGAGCCGCUUACGGAUUUGACGUGGUGGACAAAGGUUGUUGUGGAGUUGGAAGGAACAAUGGUCAGAUAACGUGUUUACCGCUGCAGCAGCCGUGCAGUGACCGGACCAAGUAUCUCUUUUGGGACGCGUUCCACCCGACGGAGACCGCCAACAUUUUGCUUGCCAAGUCUAAUUUCAACUCCCGUGCUUACGCUUACCCCAUUAACAUUCAAGAACUGGCCAAUCUUUGAGGAAAUGAGAUCUUGAUCUCCCGUAUGCACAUGUGACAUGUAAUAGAGCUGGUUAUAUGUUGUGUUUCUUUUUUUUUCUAUUUUAUCAUUUAUAUUUUUCUUUGAAAGAACUAUGAAUAUUUCUUUGUUUUGUAUGGUUCCUGUUAUUUUCAGCUAUGACUAUGUAUGACUCAAAUAUUACAAUCUGAUUCCAAAAUGUUUGACAUA